AAAAAAGUUUAGUCUAUGAUCCAAUGUGGCGGCCGACCUAAUGUUUCAAGCGUCAAGAAUUAUGGCGUUUUGAGAAAGACGUUCGUAAAUAGUUUUUUUAAAUGUUACUAAAUGUCAGUGUAAUUUUCAAAACUUGUUUAUAAUAUGAGCAGAUAUUACGAUUACGGUAACGCUAUAUCAUGUUGACAUGAGAUGGUCGCACGUCAACAAUGGUUAAAACACGAUCUUCAGCGAGGGUAGGGAGUGCGGUCCCGAGUGCGCCCUCCGAAAAUGGAACCACUUCUGAACUUAGAACGCGGCUCAAAACAACUGAGAACGGACACCGCUCCCAAAAGAGCGGGAAUAAUAGGAACAAUCAAGCCCUGCCCAGCGGCGGGACAGGGCACAGCGGGGGGUCCCAGGGGAAGGACCCCCUGGCCCCCGCGCUGCCUGGCUCCCGUAACAUGUACCAGCACCCGGCCGUCACAGGGUACAACCCGCAGGACUCGCGAGCUCAAGCCAUGCCAGUCACUCAAACGAAAGAGGCAUCAGAACUAGAUGAAGUCCUGGAAGCAUGCCUUUCUUUAGCGCGGCAGAACCCGAUGUACGCGGGCGGCAUGUACCACUACGGGCACGGCGCGGGCAGCGCGGCGCUGACGUCGAUGCCUUCGCUCUCGCCUUCCACGCAAAUGCCGCCUUUCCCUGUACACCCCGACGUUAAGUUCAAAAAACUGCCGUUCUACGACGUGAUGGCGGAGCUGAUGAAGCCUUCCACCAUGAUGCCGAUGCAGGCGGGCCGACUGCAGGAGGGCACGUACAUCUUCCACCUGACGCCUCAGCAGGCCACCGAGAUCGCAUCGGGGAAGGACCUGGUCGGACCCAGCAACAAGCUAGACUUUGUCAUACAGGCGCAACUGAGAUUUUGUCUAUUGGAGACAUCAUGCGAGCAAGAAGAUUACUUCCCACCUAGUGUUAAUGUUAAAGUAAACAACAAAAUGUGUCCACUGCCAAAUCCGAUACCAACAAACAAACCGACACCAGAGCCGAAGCGGCCACCGCGGCCUGUCAACAUCUCGUCCCUUGUCAAGCUGUCACCUACAGUCGCCAACACCAUCCACGUGACGUGGGCGGCGGACUUCACGCGGGCGUAUGUCGUCAGCGUGUUCAUGGUGCGCAAGCUGACGUCAGCUGAGCUGCUGCAGAGGCUUAAAAACAAAGGCACCAAGAACCCGGACUACACGCGCUCGCUGAUCAAAGAGAAGCUAUCGGAGGACUACGACAGCGAGAUAGCCACCACCUCGCUCCGCGUAUCGCUGAUGUGUCCGCUGGGCAAGAUGCGGAUGGCCUGUCCUUGCCGGCCGGCCAACUGUCCUCAUCUUCAGUGCUUCGACGCGUCGCUGUUCCUGCAAAUGAAUGAGCGAAAGCCGACGUGGCUGUGCCCCGUUUGCGAUAGGCCUGCGCCGUAUGACUCGCUGGUGGUUGAUGGGUACUUCCAAGAGGUUCUGACGUCGUCGCGGCUGGCGAGCGAGUGCAACGAGAUCCAACUGCACGCGGACGGCAGCUGGUCCGCGCACGCGCCGCCCGCACGCGCGCCCGCGCCGCUACAGCCCACGCCCGAGCCCGUCACGCUUAUUGCCGACGACCUGGACGUAAUACCAGUGGAAGGCGGUAGCAGCGGCGGUGCCAAGCGAGCAGCCGUCGGUGAGACUCGAGCGCCCAAAGCUACGGAGGCCGUGGUGGACCUCACGUCGGAUUCGGAGGACGAGCUGCCUCUCAAGAGGAAAGUGCCGGCGCCUAAAGCCACGCCGCCGGUGCCCGAGACUGCCAUCAAGACUGAUGAGACGUUCUCUAACUCAGAAGCAGUAUCGUCCAGCGGCUACCGGUCGCCGACCGAGUCCGGCGGCGGCGGUUCCGGCGCGGUCAUCUCGCUGGACAGCCCGUCGCCGCCAGCGCCCGCCUCGCCGCAACCCGCCGCCGACUCGCUGCCUGACCACCCGCAUCUGUCCAUCACGCCCGUUGACAGAUCCAAGUCCCGGCGUCGAAUGUCCCGGGACGGCUCGCCUGCCGCGCCCGCGUCGCCGCUGCCCAAUGCCGACGCCCUGGCCGAACAUCCUCACCUAUCCAUCACACCAGUCGACAGAUGCACAAACAACACAGAGCGCGACGAGGGCGAAGCGGCGCCGGCGCACUGGGCACCCUAUGCAGAAUCGGACCGGGAGACUCACGACUCAUAUCGAAGGUACUGACUGAGGGACAAGAGUGGCCGCCCUUCGUACGCUUGCGGCCAUUCGUCCGACGAGGAGCAGACCUACCCAGAGGUUCCUCUGCUGCCGCAGUAAGCGUACGACCCGCGUCAUCAACCCUAAGUUUAUACUUUUAAGGUUGCAUUUCCCACAUCGUCGCGCGAAACUUAAAGUACCUAGUAUUUGCCGCGCGGUGAUAUCACAACAGAUAACGGUGCAGCCGAGUCCGUGAAAUCUGUGAUUUAUUCAGUGGUGGUAUACCUUUUGCAUAUGGAUCUUUCAAGUAACACCCAAUGUGGCUCACAGCGAACACUAUUCGCCUAAGUGUCACUGACUAUUUCCAUUUGUUAUAAGAUUGUAACCCCGAAAUUUCCAUAUGCAUGAUAAUGUUACGCCGCUGCGCAAAUGGGAUAUAUGUGUUAUAUUAUGUGUAUUGUGUAAUAAUGAAAUUGAGAUAUGAGAGUGCAAAAUUAACUGCAAGUGAAGUGAGCAAAAGUCACACACGUGGAAAGACAACAUUCAAUUAGUUUAUGGUGUAGUUGAAAUUUAUUGUGAAGAAUGAUAUGACUAAGUUUUCUACUUUUUAAUAAAUUGUCUAAACCGCCGUUAUAACUUGUGCUUAUAAUGGAGUCAAAUAAUGCAUAUUCCUUUGGUGAGUAUGAGCUUUGCUUUUUUUCAGUGAUUCGUGUUAAAUAUGUUAAAAACAAGGACACGAAAGUCGUAAACCAAAUUAAUGAUAAGCUAUAUGUUAUAUUUUCAAUAGUCCAAUUUAGAGCUGGAACUUAAUAUCUCACUCUAGUAGAGCGCAUGGAAGGGAUAGCAAGGACCCUUGAGGUCGGAUAUUGCUAACUUCUUGUACAAACUGAACUUAUAGUUACUGAAAAAUAGACUUUAAGUUUUGGUUUUACUUCCAAGAUUAUUCUAAUUUAUUUAUUGUAAGGUGUAGCAUAUAAUUUGUGUAAUGUAAUUUGAUCUAUGUGAGUUGGGAGCCCUCACUGACAAGUUCACUCCUCCCGAAAUAUAUGUUGCGUUAAGAUAUUAUGAUAAGAAGAAUAGAAUAAUAAUAAAUGUAAAUAUGCUCUA